AUGACGCCAACCUGUGAUCUCAGCGAUCAACGAUUGCUCUUUCUGCCGGAUCGUCUCUUUUCGGUUGGAGUCGAACGCCAUAUUGUCUCGUUGAACUUACGACGUAAUUCACUCAUUCUUCGACCCAAUAAACAGAUUCGUGCUCCACUUUUGGGUUGGCUUGACGAUGUUCAUCGAUUGAUCAAUUUACGAUCGCUGAAUAUCGGUGAUAAUGCACUGAACUCAUUUCCGCCCACAAUCACACGACUCACCUCAUUGACUGAGCUGAUUCUGUGUGGUAAUCGAAUUGCUGAAUUACCGAUUCAGAUCGGUCUUUUGCAUAAUUUAUCUCACCUCAAUCUCAGUAACAAUUGGUUAACAUCACUUCCAUUCGAACUGUCCCAAUGUUCUGCGUUAUCAGCGCUAGACGUUAGCUUCAAUCGUUUUGAACAGGUUCAUCGUUUGCAAAACAAACACAUUUUAUUACUUGUUAGAAAAUUUCAUAAUUUGCCUUGUAUGCAUUCAAUAGAACGACAUUCCGUUUGUCCACGCUAA